AUGCACAACGUGGCAGACCCAGAGCCGUAUAUGGGAAACGACACAGUUUGGCCACUGUCCCUGCUGUGCCUUGCCCCAGCUGCGACGUUGCUGUCGCUCGGCCGACGAGCGGUCAAAUCGCCGGCGCACAUCCCAGUUUUUUCCACGGACGACGCAUGUUGGGGCCCCAGUAGCGAUCGAGAGUGGCCGCCAUUUGACCCAAGCAACAACCGGAACAUGACCCACGCCUUCCGCAAGCACGUCAAGUCCAAGAAACAGCACGAGAUAACUAGACUAGCCGUGGUGGUGGAACUUCUCGCUCGGAAGUGCGGCUGUCGGCACGUGAUGGACGUCGGUUCGGGCCAGGGUCACUUGGCCCGUUUGUUGGCACUAGAUAAGAAUCUCGGCGUUGCCACGGUAGACCUCGUCGGAAGCCACCUGUCGUCUGCUAAGAGGUUCGACGACCAGGCAGUGUCGUACUUUAAGAAGAAAAGCGGCGAGACUGCGGAAGGAGGUGACACAAAGUCGAGAGGUGAGAGCCAGAAACCUCCCCAGCAUGUCGAGCUGGAGGUCUCCAUGGCCACGACCCCGGACCAACUGGAAGAGGUGGCGAAUCGGGCAUGGAACGAACCGGGACCUCGUGUCAACAAGUUUGUGCUGGUGGGGCUUCACACAUGUGGCGACCUUGGCUCAUCAAUUGUGCGUCUCUUCACACAAACUCCGGCAGUUCAGGGGCUGGUGUCAGUUGGCUGCUGCUACAUGAAGCUUAGCUGUGAUGGUACCAGGAACCGAGGCAAACCAGUAGGCUACCCCAUGAGUCAGCACGUUCUAAGUUUGGGAGAGCGUGCUAGGCUUUCAUACCAGGCAAGGGAGGUCGCGUGCCAUGCAUUGGAGGCCUACCUCAGCAGGCUCAGAGAGGAGCCGUCGUUGCUCAAGAUCCACUGCUACAGGGCACUGCUGGAGACUGUGAUUGUGCGCAACUACGCGGACCUAAAGCACAGCGGUCUGGGUAGCGUCAAGCGUGCUGCUGCCAUGACUUUUGCAGAGUACGCCCGGAAGGCCCUCCGGAAAUUUCCCCUGCCCAUCCCCGAGGAAGACCUGAAUGCCCCGGAGCUGGAAUCCCUCCUCAAAGAGUGGAAGCGUGUCGUCUUGUUCUACUCGCUACGUCUGCUCCUGGCUCCGGUCGUCGAGUCGCUCGUCCUCACGGACAGGGCCCUCUACCUUUCGGAACACGGUAUAUCAAGCUGCCUUGUGCCUCUCUUUGACCCAAACCUUUCGCCGAGGAACAUCGUCUUAUUGGCUUUUAAAGGGGGCUCGUGACACGACUGUCUGGGGGAGCCAACGAAUAUCGGGGCUUUUAUCAACGAAUAAAUUGAUGAUCAUCAUUGC